GCGCGCUAAUUGGUCGAAUCAGUGUUUUCGAGCGCUCCGUAGUCGUACGGGGUUUAGGGUUCUUCGUCGACCGGGAUCUGAUUUCCUGUCUCCCUUUCCCGCCUCGAGCUCGUUGCGCGUUUGGAGGUGCGAAUUUCGAUUCUCCUGCUUCGGGGCUCGUGGUCGGUGAUUCGCGACGAGCAAUGGCGACUGUACCCGUUAAUCCGAAGCCGUUCCUCAACGAUCUGACGGGAAAGCCUGUCAUCGUGAAGCUCAAAUGGGGGAUGGAGUACAAAGGAUAUCUGGUAUCAGUCGAUUCCUACAUGAACUUGCAGCUUGCGAGUACUGAGGAGUAUAUUGACGGGCAGUUCACAGGCAAUCUUGGAGAGGUGCUUAUUAGAUGUAACAACGUGUUAUACUUGCGCGGUGUACCGGAAGACGAGGAUGCCGUUGAGGAAGAUGAAUAACGAGUUGCUUUCAGAUACGACUGUUGUGUAGAUAUAGGACAGUACAACCUAGAGUGCUCUUUUUACAGAUUAGAUACAAGCUUCGCACUGUGAACUGGAAUUUUUUCUUUGGUCGAGGACCAAUAUUCAGAUAAAGCUUGGGUUUGCAGCUUGUUUGGAGGACCCAAAAGUUGGAUCCAAUUUUGUUAGUGGUCAAGGGUACUGUAUAGUAUAGUACUGUAACUCUUGUUUGCCACAUGCCAAAGCGCAGUCUACAUACCCUGCUGGAUGCGUUAGUAGCUGUUGAGCUGAGAUAAAAAGUGCAACAAAAAUCUGCCGGCAAGUGCAUGAAAUUCCAACGUUGUGUCCUACUAGUGAAACGUUCAUGUAUCUUUCCCACUUGUCGAAGGCAACUGCCAGCCUCGACGCUCACCCAUCUUUCAAGGUUUUGUACUAUUAGAGAUGCCAAUAUGAAAUUUAGAUUUUCCGAGAUGAAGUGCAUUUUCUGGGAGGCAGGUUGGCUUGAUCAAAUUCAAUUGUACGUUCACGAAUGGACGCAUCGUCCUCCACUCUGAGUCACUGGACCGACCCUGUCACUGCACCUGCUUGUACCAGGUCUCUCCUCUCCUUUUUCCAAGUCUUCAAUUUUCACACUUCACUGCUGACGAGACCCCUUUUCUGCAUGACACUCAAGUGAGGAUGCUGCUGCGACGACUGAAGCUGCGUCGUGGAGCCACAGUCCGAAGCUACGGACCUGCACCCUGGCAAAUCUGACCAUAGAAUACGAGGAGUCGGCAAAGUUUCAGAUGGUAGGUACAUGGCCGGUUGCGUAGGGCCCUCGGACCGCCCUACUGUACUGAUUGUAACCGACCAUCGGCUCUACACCAUCCAUCCCCUUGUCUCCUCCGUCACACCGCCCUGUUGGGAUUCCGUAGGCUGCAUUAUGGACGUAGAAUUUCGAUUACAGUAGAUUGCUGUGAAAUGAGGCCCGAGUGAUGAAAGUCGGCCCGAACUAGAACUGGAUGAAGGUUCCUAUCGAAUGAAGAGCGUUGGUCGCCCGGAAC